AUGACAGAUUACAGCAAACAGACAGUCGCGCAACUGCGGCAGGUGUUGAAGGACCGGAGUAUACCCAGCACCGGCUUGACACGAAAGGCGCAGAUUAUUGAGAAGCUCCAGGAGGCCGACCUCGCUGCUGAGACUCCCAGUGCGCCAGAAGAGGGUACCGAAAGCGCGGACGCGCCGCCGGAUGCGGUGGAGCAAGUGAACACCGAAGUUGGCGACGACAAUGCCACCAGAGAGCAUGUCCCUGGACCAGCGCUCUCUGAGGCUGGAGGUAUGCGCACUAUAAGUACAUCGCUGCCGCUAGAUGCUGACCCGAAUCUAGAAGCAGAGCAGCCUACACGCGAAGCCGAGCCAGAGCCUGUACCCGUACCCGCAGCGACUACCGAUUCCCUCCCCGAGACAAUUUCGCACAUUGACAGCGAUAUUCCUCCACCAGACGAGAUUAAAGCAAUAGAGCGGCCUGCCGAGGACACGACCAAUGUGGAGGAGCCCAGCCCAAUACAACCCGCGGGAGUUUUCAAUGCACCGCCCGCAGAUGCCGACGAUGUGGUUGGCCCAACUGUCACUGAGCCUACGGAUGCGGAAGUUGGAGACGUAAAGAAGGUCGAAGUCGCAGAGGGCGAGCUGCCAGAUGCUCCAGGACCGGCUGCUGAGGCUCUGCGGUUGGUUCAGCCAACGUCUGGACUUCCCGAAGAUUUGCAAGACAGGAGCAUGGACGCGAAGACAGCUUCACCCGGGUCCAAUGAGCAACAAUCCGUUGAGAAGCCGGAGUUGCUUACCGUGCCAGAGCCCUCGACGACGGAAACAUCGAGGGUCAACACAGAGGAGGUAGAAACAGACUCGAAGAAGAGAAAGAGGAGGAGUGACACGCCCGAGAUGGCAGAUCAGGAAAUCAAGGCAAAGAAGCACAGGCCCAGCCAGGAACCGGCGCCUGGCGUUCAUCUGCAGGAAGACGAGGACACCGUCAUGGAGCAAAGAAGAUCGGAGGAAGAGACCGGAACUUCAGCACAUGGCAAUCCAAAUGAAACAAAUGACACUCGCUCUAUACCAGCCGAGGAGGAUCCGCCAGUUGCCGAGACUGACACAAGGCGCGAGAAAAAGGAAAAGGCCUCUCGGUACAAAGACCUCAUGAAAUCCAACGCGGACGACAUACCCCAGGAAGCCUUGACUGAUGACAGGCCCACGGUGCCCGCGCUCCACCCUGUGACAUCUGCACUGUACAUCCGCAACUUCAUGCGCCCUCUGCGUCUGGAGCCACUGCGAGCACACCUAGUCUCUCUUGCCUCGCCGCCAUCCACCUCACCGGACCCCACAAUUGUGGAAACUCUUUUCCUGGACGCACUCAAGUCGCAUGCGCUUGUACUCUUUAGCACUAAGACUGCUGCAUCACGAGUACGAGCAUCUUUGCAUGGCUCCAUCUGGCCCCCAGAAGGUAACAGGAAAGAGCUCUGGGUCGACUUCGUCCCGGAUGAGCAUGUGAAGGAUUGGAUCGAAGAGGAAGAGGACGCUGCAGCUGCCGAGAAGGAAGCUCGUGCAAACAAACGCUCACACAACCCCAAGCGGUUUGAAGUCGUAUAUCCAGAGUCCAGUGAUGGCACUGUUGUAGCUGUAUUCCAGGAAGUCGGUUCAGGCGCUCCUGCAAACGCACCACGAGGCCCACGCGUAAGCGCAGACGCACGAAUGCCACCCAUACAACAAGCACCAAUGCCAUCGCUCCCAACAGCCUCAUCGAAAGAUACCCGACAAAACACUGAAGCUCCAUUUAAGACACUCCACGAUCUAUUCAGCUCCACAGAAGCGAAGCCCCAACUCUUUUAUCUCCCCGUUUCAGAUGAUAUUUCUGAUCUGAGGCUAAAGGAACUGGACGCCGAGACAAGUAGAGACUGGGCACCUGGCCAGACAAGGAAGGGGCGGGGUAUCAAGACUGAGAUGAAGUACAAAUACAGUUUUGACGACGAUGACAGGGUCGUCGAAGUUGGUGAAGAGCGACCUGACUACAGAGGUGGCAGAGGCGGUAGUGGCUACAGAGGGCGAGGGAGGGCGAUUGGGGUUUCCGUCUUCCACAUCAUGCAACACACCCUGCACUACCGACACCCCCACGAACAAAGACACAUCAUACGUAUCCUCUUCGUCAUUCCGGUCUACGCAUGGACGACAUUACUCUCUUACGUGUUCUACAGAAAUGCCGUCUACUGUGAGCUUGUCCGCGAAUGCUACUCCGCGUAUGCUGUCGCAAGCUUCUUCACGCUCAUGUGUCAUUAUGUUGCACCUGAUCUCCAUGAGCAGAAAGAGUACUUUCGCCACGUCGAACCGAAGAAUUGGGGUUGGCCGUUGAAUUGGUUCCAGAUGCUGACCGGCGGCGAGCACAAGGGGUUGCUGAGGAGGCCGAGGAGCGGCAUUACCUGGUUCAAUAUCAACUACAUCGGGAUAUUCCAAUACGUUGUUCUUCGAACCAUCGUAACAACCGUAGCCGUCAUCACGUCAUCCCUCGGUCAAUUCUGCAAAGGAAGUCAUAACAUCUACGCGCAGCUCAAAGAAGAUCUCGCACCCAACAGGCCCGUCUUCAAGAUGGUUUGCGUCAAGCUUAUCGUCUUCCUUACUUACUGGCAAACAUGGCUCAUCUCGCUGCUCAUUCAAUACGAAGCACUGCGACCUACGCGCUUCAUUGCUCAACUGGAUCUUCAUGUCGGAAUUACUUGCCUGCUUACAUGCACUGAGACUUUGGUCUUCGCUGUCCUGCAUUACUGGGCGUUCCCAUGGAGGCCCUACAAGAUCGAUCGGCUUCCAAAGUUUCCGAAACAAAUAUACGAGUGUGGACCCAAUGAAGCACUGGUAGAGGUAUUGAACCCUUGGGAUUAUUGCUGCGCCGCUGCUCGCGGCUUCCGUUGGCUAUUCCAUGGCGUUCACUUUCGGAACGAGAGCGUAGCCUACAAGCUCGAUUGCCAGGCUCAUGGUCCCAGGAGUCGAGGCGACACGCAGUCAGAGCCACUACACGACGGAUCAAAACACGGUAGGAGGUUCAAAGAGAAAGAUCGCAAAACAGCUUGA